AUGGUGAUGAAAAUCAGGCUAAGUAAACCAGAAGUGAAAGGGGAUAUUCUAAGCUAUCGUAAAUUUUUAGGUAAAAUAUUAGUUUCAGAUUUAAUAGUCAAAGGAAAUAAAGAAGAAAAUCAACAUCCUGAAAAUGUGUACGAUAUAGAAUUGAAAUGCAGAAGCUCAACUUCACAGUCAGAUAACGAUUUCAGCGAUUAUGAAGAGUAUCAAGAUUAUAAAAAAAAUGUAUCCGAUUAUGAAGAGUGCUUCGAAGAAGAAAUUCCAUCUAACAUAGCUUCAGCUAAUACCAUUGAAAGUUAG